CCAAGAUCAUCUUGCACCGGAUAGAUACACACACACAGUGCCGGGUGUAAAGAGGAGGAGGUUCUCAAUGAGCCUAGCAACCAGGAGGAAAACUCCAGUUUAGAUGAAGAGGAUCCAGAACCUCUGCAGAUAAAUCAAGAACCAGAACCUCUGCAGAUAAAACAAGAACCAGAACUUCUGCACAUAAAACAAGAGUAUGAGGAACCAGAACAUCAACAGUUCAAAGAGGAAGAGAAUCAACUCUACAUCAGUCAGGAAGAAGAAUCUUGUACUGAAACAGGAGACUGAUGACACUCUGACAAUUCCUUCUAAUGUGCAAAUAAUCCACAAUGAAACAGAACCACAGAGGAACCAACUCAUCUCUCUUGAAGUUGAGACUCCAGACCAGGAAGGAAACUAUUCUGAAAACUCAACAAAGAGAGAAGAACAGGAACAAAAUGAGGGAUGUCAUAAAACCAAACAACAGGAAAGCAAAAUUGACCGUUCAACCCAAAAGAAACACAGGAAAUUACACCCAGAUCAAAGACUAUAUUCUUGUAAAAUUUGUGAUAAAACCUUUUCUCGAACCAGAUACUUGACUAAACACAUGAGAAAUCACAGAAACAAGAAAUCUUUUACAUGUUCAACUUGUGGAAAAAGAUACAGUCAAGAGGCUUGUUUAAUUAAUCACAUGAGAAUUCACACAGGUGAAAAACCAUUCACAUGUGUGGCUUGUGGAAAAAGUUUCAAUUACAAAAGCACGUUAAGGAUUCACAUGAGACUUCACACAGGUGAGAAGCCUUACUCAUGUGGGACCUGUGGAAAAGGUUUCCAGAGUAAAUAUAACUCACUUCGUCAUAUGAGGAUUCACAUUGCUGAGAAGCCGUUUUCAUGUGCGACCUGUGAAAAAUCUUUUGUGUGUGAAUCUGAUUUAGUUAAUCACAUGAGAAUUCACACAGGUGAGAAACCUUUCUCAUGUAGGACCUGUGGAAAAAGUUUCUCUCAAAAAUAUAGUUUAACUUAUCACAUGAAGACUCAUAGAAGUGAAAAGGUUUUCUCAUGUGCGACUUGUGGAAAAAGUUUCUCUCAAAAAUACAGUUUAACUUAUCACAUGAAGACUCAUAGAACUGAGAAGGUUUUCUCAUGUGGGUCCUGUGGAAAAAGUUUUACAGAUAAAAAAAGUUUAAAUUUUCACACGAGAAUUCACACAAGUGAGAAGCUGUUCUCAUGUGAGAUCUGUGGAAAACGUUUAAGUCAUAAAAAAAGUUUAACUGCUCACAUGAGAAUCCAUACAAGUGAGAAGUCUUUCUCAUGUGGGACCUGCGGAAAAUGUUUCAUUCGAAAAGGCAAUUUAAAGGAUCAUAUCAAAAUUCACACAAGUGAGAAGCCUUUCCCCUGUGGUACCUGUGGAAAAAGUUACAGUGAAAGAAAGAGUUUAACUCUUCACAUGAGAAUUCACACAGGUGAGAAGCUUUUCUCAUGUGAGACUUGUGGAAAGAGUUUGACACACAAAAAAAGUUUAAUUGCUCACAUGAGAAUUCACACAGGUGAGAAACCUUUCUCUUGUCAAACCUGUGGAAAAUGUUUUAUGUUUAAUUCUAGUUUGCUUUAUCACAUGAAGUCCCACUUAAUUGAGAAACCUUUCUCCUGUGGAACCUGUGGAAAAAGUUUCAGUCAGAAAUGUAAUCUAACUUAUCACAUGAGAAUCCAUACAGGUGAGAAACCUUUCUCCUGUGGGACCUGUGGAAAAAGUUUCAAUCAAAAAUGUAAUCUAACUUAUCACAUGAGCAUUCACACAGAUGAGAAACCUUUUCUUGUGAGACGUGUGGAAAAAAUUUCUCUCGAAAAACAAAUUUAACCGUCCACCUGAGAACACACACACAAGUUUUAUGGAAUAAUGUGAACUUCA